AAUCUGUGUUCCUCAGGUUAAUUAUUUGCUGGCUAUCUCGUACUUAGUACUUAGCGUGGAGUUUGGAGUCUGCCCUCCCCUCCGAUAAAACAUAAUAGUUGAAGCUCGGACUUGCUUUGCCUUUCUUUUUCGGACCUUUACUUCCACUUCACCCGGGUUUUGGUUCUUCUGGCUUCAGAGAGUGGACACACAAUGUUAACUCAAGUUGUGUUCUUGCUUUGUGCAGCUUCCUGUGUCUCAACUUCUGCCAAAGGUGGUGCUGCUGGACCCCGGCUGAACAACGACCAGCUGUACAAAUUCAGCUACAGCACUGAUGUGCUGGUGGACAGGAACAGGGGGUCGAAAGAGGGCAGUGCUGGCUACAGGAUCUCGAGUGACGUGGACAUCAACCUGGUGUGGAGAGAUCCCAGCAGCAAAGAUAACCAACUGGUUCAACUGGCGAUCUCAAAUGUGAGGAUCGAGCCUGCGUCCCACCGAUCAGAGAAGAAGAAUGUCCUCCAUGGAUCCACUGCAGAGAGCGUUAUAGGAAAGGCCAAACUAGCAGCUCUGACUAAACCUUUCCUGUUGCAUCUGAAAAAUGGAAAGGCAAAGGCUUUUUAUUCCUACUGGGCCGAACCUGCAACCAUAAAGAACCUAAAAAGAGGGCUGGCCAGCUUACUGCAAGUACAGCUCAACACUGGGAAGGUUAUAGAGAAUGACGUGUCUGGAAGGUGCACAGUCGAGUACAAGGCGGUAAAAGGUCAAGUGACGAGAACCAAGAUCCUGGACACGUGUAAGACUGCGGAGACCGGCUUCACCACACACAUUCAGGUGUUGGGUGUGGACAAGAAGUCCAGUUCUGUUACAACGUUCACACUUGAAGAUGGAUUCAUCCGCUCGGCCGUGGCUGAAGAAACGCACUCACUGGUUCUUAACUCUCGCAGAUCUGCUGCAGUUAAAGUCGUGUCCAGGCAAACCCUCACAUUUGUAGGGACAGGGGCUGGCCCGCUGGAGUCCGCUGGCAAAGAUGUGGCUGGGGUGGUCAAGUCAAUCGAUGCAAAGCUUGCGGCUGUUGGUAUCAUUGCGGAGAAGGUCACAUCCAAAUGCAAGGGCUGUCCUUCACUUUUUGAACAUUGGCAGACUCAACAGAAGCAGCUGGAGCCAGCGCGCCUGUCCAAAGCCACGGCUCCCCGCAGCUUCCUGGCCCUCAUCCAGAGCAUUAGGAAGGCAUCCAAAGAUGAGAUCCUCAAAGUGCUGAAGAGUGCCAGCAAGACAUCUCUACCUCAGGUGGUGGAUGCUGUGACCUCCUCCCAGACCGUUGCUUCUCUAGAUGCCAUGCUUCAGUUCCUGAACUUCACCGAUGCAAAAGGUUUUGUUCUGCAGGAGAGGUUUCUCUACGCAUGUGGCUUUGCUUCUCAUCCCAACGAGAGAAUGCUCCAGGUUCUGCUGGACAUUUCAAAGGGAAAGAUCGGCAGCACAGACAUUAAAGAGUCUGUUGUGAUCAUAAUGGGAGCCCUGGUCCAUAAACUGUGUCAGAAAGGAGGGUGCAACUUACCGACCGUGGUGGAGGUGAAGAAGCUGAUUUUAGACGGUCUUGGCAGCACGCAGGUAGAGUCUGAGGUCCAGAUGUAUCUUCUGGCUCUGAAGAACUCUCUGCUUCCCGAGGCCAUUCCCAUCUUUACCAAAUAUGCCGAGUCAGAGGUGGGAGCUUACAGCACCAUCGCCCUCACUGCCCUGCAGAGAUACCAUGUGGACCUCAUGACCAGUGAGGUGAAGCAGACAGUAAACAGGGUUUACCACCAGAAUCGACGAGUCUACGAGAAAAACGUGAGAGCUGCCGCUGCUGACGUUAUCCUGAGCAGCAGGCCCUCGUACAUGGAGGUGAAGAACCUGCUUCUGUCCAUUGGAAGCCUGCCUCAUGAAAUGAACAAGUACAUGCUGUCCAAGAUCCAGGACAUCCUUCGCUUCCAGAUGCCAGCCAGCAAAGUAGUACAACGUGUUAUGAAGGAUACAAUUUCUCAUAACUACGACCGUUUUGCAAAAGUUGGGUCAUCGUCUGCAUACUCAGGAUUCAUGGCAAAAUCUGCUGAUGUGACCUCCACAUACAGUUUGGACAUCCUGUAUUCAGGCUCUGGGAUCCUGAGGAGAAGCAACAUGAAUAUUUAUGCUGCUAGUAAAGGUGCACUUCUCCAUGGACUGCAGGUGGCAAUUGAGGCCCAGGGUCUAGAGUCAAUGAUCGCUGCCACAGCCGACGAGGGAGAGGAGGACCUGGAGUCUUUCGCUGGGAUGUCGGCUUUGCUGUUUGACGUCCAACUGCGUCCCGUCACCUUCUUCAAGGGUUACAGCGACCUCAUGUCUAAAAUGUUCUCCAUGACCGGGGAGCCCAUGAAUGUAGUGAAGGGUCUCAUCCUGCUGACUGAUCAUUCUGAGGUGAUCCAGCUGCAGUCCGGUCUGAAGGCGAGUGCAGAAUUCCAAGGAGGGUUAGCCAUUGACAUCUCUGGAGGCAUGGAGGUCAGCCUGUGGUACAGGGAGUCCAAGACCAGCGUCAACAACAGGGGAGCAUUGGUGGUCACUGGCAACGUUACAGUGGACAUGGACUUUAUGAGAGCGGGUGUUGAGGUCAGCUUCGAAACAGAGGCUUCGCUAGACUUUAUCACCACCGUCCAGUUUUCAGAAUAUCCCUUCCUGGUGUGCAUGCAGAUGGAAAAAACUACCUUCCCCUUCAGUGAAUAUCUGACCAAGUAUGAGAGCGUCUCAUCAGGGAAGACAGUUGUGUCUCAUAAGAGCAACAAGCAGCUUGUCCCCGGCUCUGAAUUCCCUCUUCACCAGGAGAACUCAAACAUGUGCAAGAAGGUGUUUGACUCCAGCUGGUAGAAGCCAUAGCAUGAACUAUAGCAUAGCAUGAAUAUUGUCACUCAAAGGUUUAUUGCAUUCAGAGACAGCUAUCACACCUCAGCCUCCUGCAGUGAAAGUACGCAAGAGAGAAAAGUCGUGAAUGUUUUUUUUUUUUGCAAUGUUUACAUUCCUGUGAGUAUUUAAGUCAUUUUUAAUUUGACAUUUUGUUUGAAAUCAGGAAUUCUUGCAGUGUCUUUUUACGGAUUUCCUCAAAAAUGUAUUUAUGAUGGGCACACACGGGAUGUAUGUUUUAUUUGAUGGGUAAUACUCAACAUGAAUAGUGCCACUGUAAUUAUCCCAACACAGUAAAGAUGUAAAGAUGUAAAUAUCACACUGGAGACAGUGGAUUAACUCUCCCCCAUGAAUGCAAACGCUCCUUUCUGUCAACAUUCCUUCAUCUUUUAAUUAAAUGUGUUUACUGAGGAGGAGUAACGUAUUGUUUGAUGUCACUGUAUCACUGUUCACACACUUGAAAUAAUAUAUAAUAUUAAUUAAUUCCAUUUUUUAUAAUCAGGUUGGUGAUUUUUUUCUUUGUAAUUGCACCUACGGAGACGGUGUGUGUGUGUGUGUGUGUGUGUGUGUGUGUGUGUGUGUGUGUGUGUGUGUGUGUGUGUGUGUGUGUGUGUGUGUGUGUGUGUGUGUGUGUGUGUGUGUGUGCGCGCAUCGUCUUUACUUUGUACUUACAAAAUUUGAGGUGAAAAUCAAAUCUCCAUCAAUCAAUCCAUCGACACUUGAAUAUAUCUUUUGUACAUAGCUGUAAUUGCUUGCUGUUUGUCUGAAAACAUUUGGCUAGUUUUAAGACUUUUGAGAUACUCUAAACUUGUGUUUCCAUGUUUAGGGAUCAGUUUGUUAGAUGUAUAAUUGGCUGACAAUAAAUGUGCAGUGGAAACAAUUUG